GCUGUCCUAAAGAAUGCACUUUCUGUUUAUUCCCUUUCUUUUCUGUUCUUGGCAAUCUGUUUGUUUACCUAAAUGCAUUUUAUUUCAGUAUUAGCAAGUGAGCAUUUUCAAGUUUUUUGUCACCGUUUCCCUUGUUGCCUGACCUGACAUGUUUAUGAUAUACCUCUGGAACAUCAAAUACAUUUGAUCAGCAAAUAUUACUUAGAUUGGACUGACUCCUGCAUAAUUAAUGCUGGGACCCCUCACAGCCUCUCUUUGGUCCUGUUCACUGAAUUAAUGAUGAGUUGUGCCUGCCGUGGUGUGACAGGGGGUGGAAGAGGUUCAUCCUGCAGAGGAAAGAAGAAGCCAUAGAGCUGGUUCUGAAGAUGGACUUGGCAAAGACACACUUUGAGAGGAAGCGCCAACGUGCUGCAUUUACCAAAUGGCUUGACUGGGUGAACUCACACAAGAGGAGAAAAGCAACUGCUAUUGUCAGACUUCACACUCUAGUGAACCCCUGCCGCCUCCAGCACAUCGUUGCUGCAUGGCGAAUCGUUGCAAAGGACUCAAAGAGGACAAAAGAGUAUUUCAAGAGGCUGGAACUAAGUGUCACCAAAUUCAACAGUAAGGAUCAGCAGACUGGAGAAAGAGUUGAUGGAGUCUCAGUGCUCCCUCUUCAUCUCUCAUUGAAGAUCUUUCAGUAUUUGGAAAUAAGGGACUGGCUAAACUGUGCCAAGGUAUGCUGUGCGUGGAAAUCUAUCGUCCAGUCAGGCACGUUGUGGAGUCAGAUUAACUUCUCAGUGGGGAAAGAGUGGAUAACAGACAGUAUAGUGCAGCAAAUUCUGCAGAGCUACCGGCCCUUUGUGACCCACCUGAACCUGCGUAGCUGCACAUCGUUAAAAUGGUCCAGCUUAAAAUAUAUCAGUGAAUGCAGAAACCUGCAGGAACUCAACAUGUCAGAGUGCUUGACUGUUUCUGAUAUGAUGGUUCAGAGCAUCACUGAGGGAUGUCUGUGUCUGCUCUACCUGAACCUUUCUUGCACACUUGUAACAAACCACUCUUUGAAAGCAAUAUUCAGGAAUUGUCUCAACCUUCAGUACCUGAGUCUGGCCCACUGCCGCAGGUUCACAGAUGAAGGAUUUCUGUACCUGACCACAGGGAAAGGCGGUCGGAAUGUCAUCCACCUCAACUUAUCUGGAUGCACUCAGAUGACAGUAAAUGGGUUUAGAUACAUUUCUGCAGGAUGCCCAUCUCUCAGAGAGAUCGUGAUCAAUGACGUGCCAACUCUGUCAGACAGCUGUGUUUUGGCCCUACUUACCAGAUGUUACUGCCUUUCCUCUGUCUCCCUGCUGGGCUGUCCUCACCUUUCAGACGUUGCUCUUAAAGCCAUGGCGGAAGCAGCCAUUCUGAAGACUUUCAGUAUAGAGAGCAACAACCAAAUAACUGAUGUCAGCUGGGAGGCUUUAUGCAGCCACUCCCAAGGUCUCUGCAGACUCCAUGCUGCAGACUGUCCCGGAAUGACCAAUGAUAGCCUCACAUAUGUGGCCAGUCUGAAAAACCUGCAAUACCUGGAUAUUUCACUCUGCAGCAGGGUGAGUGAUGCUGGAAUUAAGUGCUUGACUGAUGGCUUCUCUGCAAAUAAACUGCAUGACCUUAGCAUCAGUCAGUGCUGUCUCAUUACUGACAUCUCUGUCAGAAGAAUUGCACGGAGGUUGCGUAAACUGCACCAUCUCAAUCUGAGUUACUGUGAGUGGCUGACGGACCCGGCUAUGGAGUGGCUGAGUGGCAGCUCCAUCUGCUCUCUUGACAUGAGCGGCUGCAACAUCCAGGAUCAGGGCCUUGUUGCGCUUCAGAAAAUCCAUCUAAAGAAGAUUGUACUUGCCGAGUGUGUAAACAUAACAGAUACCGGUGUAGAGAAGCUGUGCAAGAACGUGAGAGAUCUGGAGCACGUUGAUGUUUCUCGCUGUGCAGCUUUGACUGAUGCCGCAAUCAGAGCCAUUUCAUUUUACUGCAGAGGUCUGCACACAAUGAGGAUGUCAGGGUGUCCAAAGAUGACAGAUAUGGCGGUGCUGUAUCUGACCAGUGGAUCUCAGUACCUGCGAGAACUCGACAUUAGUGGCUGCUUCCUCCUCACCGAUCGCUCUCUUCGAUACUUGAAAAAAAUUUGUCCUCCACUAACCUCCAUCAAAAUGACCUGCUGCAGCAGCAUCUCAUGGGCAGCUGCCUUAAAGCUGCAGACAUGUGUCUCUCACUGGGAGUACAGCAACCACAACCCUCCCAGCUGGUUUGACUGCAAUGCAAACAAAUUAGCAAAGGCUGAUGCUACAUGGAAUGUGGAGGAGAAGCACUCUGCAAUGACACAGAUAUCACGUACAUACUUUAAAACAGCUCAACAUUCUGUUUUAAAAUGAGGAAAACUUGAUAGAAAAGGUCUCAAACUCCAGUCCUCUAGAGCCGAUGUCCUGCCAACUCUUAAUUGCCUCCACAGCAGGCAACCAAAUACUACAUAGUCCUGCUAAAGACCUAAUUAUUUGAUUCGGGUAUGAUGAAGCAGAAGUGCACCUAAAUGCUGCAGAACAUCAGCCUUCAAGGAUUGGAGGUUCAGACACCGGGUUUUAGUCGCUCCAAUUAUUGUUUUUGGAGAUUUUCUCAUUUAUUUUCAGAAAGCUUUACUAAUUAUUUUUAACUAAUUAUAAACCAGAUUAAAAAUGAACUCUCUGCAAAACUA